GUGGGAGGACCGCUCCAUGUCUCGGUGAAGCUGGGGCUCGGAGCGGGGAACUGAAGCGACGAUGGGCGGUUCUCAGAGCACUGACAUCCCCAGUGGGGGCAACGAGGGUUUCCACGUCCACGGGGUCCAAGAUAACUCUCCAGCACAAAAAGCUGGCUUAGAGCCAUUCUUUGACUUCAUCCUUACCAUUGGAAAUACUAGACUGAACAAGGAUAAUGAUACUUUUAGGGACCUGCUGAAAGCCAACGCAGAGAAGCCAGUGAAGCUGGAGGUGUACAGCACAAAGGCGGCAAAGGUUCGCGAGGUGGAGGUUGUCCCCAGUAACAUGUGGGGUGGGCAGGGUCUGCUGGGAGCCAGCGUGCGCUUCUGCAGUUUUCAAGGCGCACAUGAACACAUCUGGCAUGUACUGGAUAUUGAACCGAAUUCGCCAGCGGCCCUCGCAGGUCUACUGCCUCACACUGAUUACAUCGUUGGCGCUGAUCAAGUGCUGCAAGAGUCUGAAGAUUUUUUCAACUUGGUUGAGGCAUUUGAAGGAAAACCCCUGAAACUGCUGGUUUAUAACAGUGAGACAGAUACCACCAGAGACGUUAUAGUUACGCCCAAUGGUGCUUGGGGAGGAGAAGGAAGUUUGGGUUGUGGCAUUGGAUACGGUUAUUUGCACAGAAUCCCCUCCCGACCCGUUGUGCCAGAGAAGAAGAUAGAGAUUCCAGCACCUCCUGUGGCAAGUGCUGUACCUGAGAGCCCAGAGAAUGGAUAUACAGAGGCACCAUUGGUAGCCCCCAGCACACUGACUGACAUACCUGCUGAGAGUUCAGGCCUGGAGCAGGGACUGGCAGAACUGACAAUAGAAAGCUCUCUCCUUCCUCCUCCAAUACAGCGUGUAAUGGAUCCAGGUUUUCCGCCUGCUUCCGUCGAUGUCCCCGUGACUCAUGACCUAACCAAAAUAUUGAACGCGUCACUGUCCUCAUCCAGCUCACCAGUAGCGUCAUUGUCCUCAUCCACCUUUAAUGCAACAACAGAAAGCAAUACAGGAACGGAUGGCUUCCUCACCAGUGAAGAACUUGACCUCCAGUCUGACCAGGGUGGUGCAGUGACUCCCGAGGGUCAGACCUCUAGUAGUUCAGCGCCACCUGCUGCUGCUUCCUCACUGGAACGAGAACCAGAUCAGGAUCUCUUGGACGUGACUGCCGCUUCCUCUCCUUCCUCUGCUGAGAUGUCACCAGAUACCGCCCAGACAGAGUCUUCACCAGAGGAUCAGAAGGAACAGCCGCCGCAAGAGGAAGAUUCUACCACCCAUCAUCCCCAGUUGACCAAAGAUGAAGCAGAUGGAUUGUUGAGUUGAGAAGACUACACAAACAAUACACAGCAGCACAUUAGACUUUUAUGGUGACUAAUUGCUUUACCUGGGUUUACUUUUAAAUGUAUAAACUGGUAACUAUUGUACAUGAAGCAAGCAGAUGUACUUAGGCCUGUAUCUUUGCUCCUUGUCUGAAGGAAACAACACUGACAAUUUCAUGACUUCUGUCAUAGUGAGGGAUGCCUGAAGUCAUUUGUUCCAAGGUGCAAGAAGCAAUGAGGAAUCUUUCACUGAAAGUUACUGCAACUGUUUGCUAAAUCUCUGUUUCUGAUAUCAGGGCUCCCUUUUCCUAAAAAAAAGGUUAUCUCAAUUUUAUUUUUUAAUUGUUCAGAAUAAUUUUAAGCUACAAUUAGGGGAAUGGAAAUGGAAUGUAAAAUUACUCUAAUGAAAAUGUAUUUUAAGCUUUUUUUUGCCUUCUAGGUAUAUUUUUCUUCAGUGCAACACUACCGUGGCAACAUAGGAGUAGUGUAGUUAGAUUUUUGGAUAGAAUUUGAGGCAGUGGCUAUGAGCAGAAAGACUGGGAGAGUUCCUGAACCAGAAAUAUAUUGGGGACUUCAGAUCCCUUUGAUUAUUAAGUCACUCGAUUUUAUUCACUGUCCUUCAAGCUAAAUGUAGGCAGUUUGCUCAGAGCAGAACAUUGUUACUGUUUGAAGAAAAUGUUGGUUGUUGAAAGUUGAGUGGAAUACCAGUGAGAUGAUUAAGUUGGAAGUGCAUAUAAAGUAAAUGUAAGAGUGUAGAAUUUAACACAGUAUCAGCUACCUGUCUUUACCACAUUUCCAGGGUUUCUAUGAUUUUUCUUUCAUAAUAAGAUAAAAUCCUGGUGUUUUUUUUUCUUUUUCCCAAAGAUAAACUGUUGUCAAUAGAAGAUAUUGAUUGUCUCUGGGUUAAAUAAAUUGCAAAAACAUAAUUCUUCCAAGUUACUACUGAACCAGUGAAACCCAGUUAACUCCCUGGGUACACAACCAUUCAUUCUCGUUCUCAGGCAUAGAAUUACAUUGAGAAAUAGACAUUAAUAACCUCUUCUGUGUUUACAUACUAGUUCUGUAUAACUCAGCUUAAAGGACAGUCUAGCUAUUGUGUUAACUUGUUGCCUUACUUAAGGUUUUAAAAAAGGCAAACAAUUGAUUUUGCACUCUUUCCCCUACUAUGAAAAUUCGUAUCUAUGCAAACCUUAUGAUUUUUGGAUAACAAUUUUACAUUCUUUUACUUUCUGCUUUACUGAGGCAAUUAGGAGUUUGGCCAGUCUUCUCACAGUGGUCAGCAGGCUCUCUGAUUUUGGCUGGUGCUAUAGUUAUGUCCAGUUCUUACGGCUUUCCCACAAGUAAAUUCCAGCAGUAAUCACUGCAAGUAGUGAUUUCUUUAGCUACUUCCAAGGCACUUCCUUUGCUAUGUCUUGCCACGUUUAAGCCAAAGACUACACAGCUUACUACUUUGAUUGAAAUCACAAUAAUUGACAAUUAAUUGUUGAAAGUAUAAUGUAUAUAAUAUAGUUUCAGUAGUGUUAAUUCUAUAUUACCUAAACAAGUCACGUUUAGAAUGUGUUGCAGUUUCUUUCCACAAAAUACUAUUUUGCAGAAGCAUAACCUUGCACAAAGCAUCAGCUUACAUUUUAAAUAGGUGAUUUCAGAUGCUGCUUAAUAUUUGUGCCAAUUAAUGAAGGGUUUGAGGAUUUUUGAAAUGCUUUUACUAGUAACGCACAAGGUACUGAUUGAUUAAAGUUGUGAUGGAGGCAUGGUUAAUUCUACAUGUGGGUAGAAUUUUUCUAGUUUCUAGGAACAUACAUUUGAAGCCAAUGUUCUAACCGGUUACAAUGCCAGUAAUUUUCCUGUCAACGUAUUUUGUAAGUAGUGCUUUCUUUUAAGUGGGAAUGUUUAUUUUUCCUUAAUCACUGAACCUUAUUUUGUCUGACUGAUACUUAUGGUCACUGUUUAAAUGGGGCGUUUUAAAUACACUAAGACAUAAAACAAUCAUGUUUACACAUUGCUGGGGAAUAAUUUGGACUAGAUGUGGACGAUCUGUGCUGCUGUGAGAUGUACACUCAUUUUGGGUCAAAGUCAUCUCUCUGCAGAGCUCAAAUGUUGCUCUGUUUUACAAAGAUGAUGAGAGACCUUUGAAGUUUUUGACAAAGAUUCUCCUGCAAAACUGCUGUUUGCUAAUUCUAGAUUUUCCAAACCCACUGGUGCCCCAUUCGUUGUAUCUCUUAUCAAGAACACCAGUGAACUGUAGAGCUGCUGAAAGACCUCAAACAAGGUCAGAAUGAUGCAACUUAAAUGAGCAACUUGCCAAAGGGGUGAUGCAUAGUAUCUUCACCAUGGUUUCUUUUCAAGAGGUCAUUUCUGUUUUCCUAAAGGUUUCAUGGCAUUGGUAGAUCUGACUUUUAUACCAAUUAAUGGGUGUUUAUUUAAAUAGUCAUGUAUUAAAUGAACAGCCCUAAAAUGCUUGAUCAUCUUUAAUUAUUUGAAUAGUUCUUAUAGAGCAAAAUUUGGUAGACACUUUGAAUUACCAGAUGAAAUGUGCUGGGUUACUAGUCCACACCAUGACUCUAAAUGCUCGCAUGACAUCAGCAUUUCGCCUGCUUUGUAAUUACAUUGCCAUGAAAAUGUUUUCACUGCUUCCAUCAUGGCAGGAAGGAUCAGAUGACCAAGAGGCCAGUCCUGUUCCAAUAAAAGUGUUGCCAAUAGUUUGAACACUCACACUCACUCCCACAAGCCAACCUAAACCUCCUUUUGUCAAACCUCCAGCAGUCUGUUUGUGGCCUAAUUUAACUUCAACAUCUUUAAGUGUGUUUAUGUCAAUGGGUGUUGCUUUUCAUAUAAUCUGUACAUAAAUGACAUUGUAUUGGCAAUAAGAAACUCUUGAGAAGCUGAAUGUUGACAAAAGAUAAUUGUAUUCUUUUGACAAAAAAUAAUAUAUGGUUUUAUGUUGAAUGAUGGGUUAAUGAAUGAUGUCUUUUUGAAAGCAUUAAAAUUUUUAAUGAGCACUUCA